UUGUUCAAUUUGGAGGUGCUGAUGCUAGAGAGGCAGGGGAGGGGCGUCACCCGACCCCUGCAUUGAAAAAAAAAACAAGUGCAAGUGGGCGUGGCUAACGUGCUGCAUCACUCCUGUGUGAAACCCCCAUUGGUCGCUGAAGUCAACACCGGAAGUGGUGUCGUUUGGCCCGUCGACUUCCUACUCACCAAAACUGACACGCGUUCACCGGUCAGCUUGGCUCGUUAUAUUUGUCCCCACCCCAGCCGGUUCACUUCUGUUGCUGCUGGCGCUGGUUUAUGAUCGGCUCUUUGCUCGGUAACGUGUCUCAGAGGGCGCACAGCUUGUUGUACCGGAUGUCGCAGAUGAUGAAGCCGCAGGUUGUGUUCGUGCUGGGCGGGCCUGGUGCCGGCAAAGGGACCCAAUGCUCCAAAAUCGUGGAGAAUUACAGCUACACCCAUUUGUCGGCUGGGGACUUGCUGCGGGCAGAGCGAGGCCGAGAGGGAUCAGAGUUUGGACAGCUCAUUGACAGCUACAUCAAGGAGGGCAGCAUUGUCCCUGUGGAGAUCACCAUCAACUUACUCAGAAAGGCAAUGGAAGAGUCCAUGCACAAAGACGAUAAACGGUUCCGUUUCCUCAUAGACGGUUUCCCCCGCAACGAGGACAACCUUACGGGGUGGAAUACCGUUAUGGUUGACAAAGCAGAUGUCAAAUUUGUGCUUUUCUUUGACUGCAGCAACGAGGUUUGCAUCGACAGAUGUCUAGAAAGAGGGAAGAGCAGUGGACGCACAGACGACAACAGAGAAAGCUUGGAGAAAAGAAUCCAAACCUACCUGCAGUCUACGCGACCAAUUAUUGAACUGUAUGAGAAACAAGGCAAGGUGCGCACUGUAGACGCCUCUCACUCUCUGGAUAAGGUGUUUGCUGAUGUGAAAGCCAUCCUAGACAAAGAGGGUUGAGUUUUCCCAGCUGCCAACAUUCACUGAUCUACUUUUAUAUUUUAGUUUACACUAUAAUAAGUUUAUAUGUCCAUUCAUAUUACCUUUUGUUUUGCCAUCUGUUUUGUAAAACGCUGCACUGUUUGUUUGUGAGUGUGUGUACAAUAUGUAUUGGUAUGAAUGAAGAGUAGAGUUGCCGAGCAGCUCCUUAUGAUCAACUAUUUCCUGCGCAGAAGAGCGUGCUCAUCAUAGUUUGAGGCCUUUGCAUAGGAACAAAGUAUCAUUAGCUUAGAUAGACACGUUUCUCUUUCAAAGAUGCAUCUAGUAGUGAAACUCUCUCCCAGCAUGUCAUCCUCGAGAGUAUCAUGUUGUUGGAAGCGGCGAUAACGCUUCAGACUGAAUAGUUUGACCUGAUGACGACAGACUGGGAUUGAUUUAAGACUGACCGAACAUCCAACAGCCUCCAAAUAAAAUAUGCGAAGCAUCGGUCUCGUGUUUAAUGGGCAGUAUUGCAUCUGGUCGAUGUUUCUGUGGUAGAUGGCCAAUUCUUCAAUGAAUAUUAGACUUUGUACCACAACGCCUCGAUGUGCUUUAUCACAGCUAUGACGCUUGGGUCUAAUCAUGGAGGAAACAUGAAGAUGAAAAUUAACCUUUUGUUAAAUCUGUACUUUAUCUGCUUGAAGGAAAAGUAAAAACGAUUAAUUUUU